UUUUUUUUUUUUUUUUUUUUUUUCGCUGAUUACUUAUGGAGUAAAAAUAUAUUCCAUAAUGUAAUUAAGCUAAUUAACAAUAAGCCAAAUUAAGAUUUCUAUGCAUUUACUAAGCAAAUAAGAAAAAAUUUUAUUAAAUUUUUGUUAUUUUAAUUUUACGAAAAAAAUUUAGGGGUAAUUUUAUAAAUAAUGUAUACACAAAAGCACGCAAAAUUCACUUAUAAAUGUUCCGAUAUUUAUUGGUACAAUAUAGUACAAUAUACAAUUUCUAUUAUACAUUAUUCACAUGGGUAAACAAACAGUGCCCCAAAAUUUUUUUUGUGAGACCCCCACUUAUUUCGCUUUCUUUUUUAUUCUAUAUUAAGUCAAUUUUUUUUUUUCGAUUUUAUAUUGACUUAAAAAGUAAUAAUAUUUCAUUUUAAAAAUUACUUGUUUCCUCAAAUUUCCUCAAAUAACUUUU